AUGAAGCUUUGGUUACUUCUUGUUUGCUUCCUUGUUGGAACACUUGCCGUAAUUGCCGAAGAAGAUGUUCCUGGCAAAGACGAAGAUGAGGAAAGCGAUCCUAGUACGUAUGGUGGAUAUGCUGGAAGACGAGUUGGAUAUGGCGGAGGAUAUGGCGGUCAUGGAGGACGGUAUGGCGGUCAUGGAGGACGGUAUAGUGGUCAUGGAGUACGAUAUGGUGGCCACGGAGUACGAUAUGGUGGCCACGGAAGACGCUAUGGCGGUCAUGGAGGACGAUAUGGUGGCCAUGGAAGACACGGAGUAGGAUACGGAAGCUACGGCGGACGUGGACAUUCUGGAUAUGGAAAAAAGGCAUACGGUGAUCCCAGUUACAAAGUCUACAAAAGCGUGUAUUCUAAUGGCAAACACGGACGACGAUACGGCGGACAUGCAGGAAGACGAGUUGGUUAUGGUGGCAGGUAUGGCGGCCAUGGAAGACGAUAUGGCGGUCAUGGAGGACGAUAUGGUGGUCAUGGAGUACGAUAUGGUGGCCAUGGAGGACAAUAUGGUGGUCAUGGAGGACGAUAUGGUGGACAUGGAAGACACGGGGUAGGUUACGGAAGCUACGGUGGACGUGGAAAUUCUGGAUACGGAAAAAAUGCAUACGGUGAUCCAACAUAUGGAUAUGGAAGUGGAUAUGGAUAUGGUGGUUAUGGCGGACGCGGCUACGGAAGUGGUUACGGAUAUGGAGGUGUAACAGGCGGAUAUGGUGGAUAUGGAUACGGACACAAAGCAUAUGGUGACCCAACAUACGGGUACGGAAGCGGAUACGGAUAUGGAGGUUAUGGAGGACGUGGUUAUGGUGGCGGGUAUGGAUACGGUGGUGGCCGAGGCGGAUAUGGUGGAGGUAGAGGCGGAUAUGGUGGUCAUGGGGGUUCUGGCUAUGGACACAAAGCAUAUGGAGAUGAGCAAUAA